AUGGCUGUUACAUCAUCAAUUCAUACUAUGCCCAAAGGUUCGGGUGGUUCUCCUUCAUCAAAUCCAUAUAUUUUACCUAAAAAUGAUUUAACUAUGGCUGAUAGUCAAUUAAUUGAUAUACUUUUACAUGGACAAAAUACUGAAAAUAAAAUUCAAAUUGUUAAUCAUUGGUGUAAAAAUCCUCGUCGUAAUCGUUUAUCAAAUAUUCUUGAUGCAUCUCAAAGACAUGAUGUUUUCUUAGCUCUGGCAAAUACUCUUCAACAAACAACAAAUUUAGAAUAUCUAUUUAAUUGUUUAACACUUCUAUCGGAUCUUCAAAUAACUAUACAUCAUUAUGAUCAACGAACUUAUCUUCCAGUGAUUAUUCAAUGUUUUUCUUCCACAUCACAUGAUAUUCAAACAUUAACUUCUCAAUUAUUAGUUAAACAACUUAAUAUAACAGAUGAUAUUCCAACAUUUUUAUAUAUUUAUAUAAAAGAUGGUUUAAAAUCUCCUAAUAUACGUAUAUGUAUAAAAUCUAUCGAAACAUUAAGUGAUUUAUUAACAAAAUCUCAUCAACAUGAAAAUAUAUCAUCUAUAUUUGAAUUACUUCUUCAAUAUUUACAAGAUAAUCUAUUUCGUUCGAAUUAUAAUAUGAUUCUUAUUCGAGCAAUUCAACAUAUUAAACGAAUAUCAAAUCCAGAUUUAUUUAAUCAAUAUCUAGAAUCAUAUUCACCAUCAUUACGACGACUCUAUUAUACAUAUGUACCACAACAAAAUGAUAAUGAAUUAGACGAUGAAGAAGAAACACCAAGAGCAUCAGUACAACGACCUCCAAUGAAUAAUUUAAUGUAUUCUCAUACAGAAACAAAUGGUUUCCAUUCCAAUAGCACUAAUUACACUGAUAAUAUGUUUUUCACACAAAAAACUACUGUUUCUUCUCAAAUUGAAAGUUCUGAUAUAAAUUCUCUUAUUGAGACUAUACAUGCAAAAUGGAUGACAUCAAAUGAAACGAAUCGUUUAAUUUAUGUCGAUCGUCUUCUGGUUUUAAGUGAUAAAUCUUUUCAAAUACUUCGUUCACAAUAUCCAUCAACAUCAACAUCUGAUUUACAAUUUCAUCAACCAUUACAUACAUUUUUAUCAUCUAUACUUGAAUUAUUAUCUUAUAUAACAGGAACAAAUAUUGAUUUAUCAAUUAAAAUUAAACUUGUCCUAUCAACAUGUCUUGUUUGGCUUAUUAAACAUUCACAAGGAAAUUAUUGUAAAAAACAUUAUAAAACAAUUUGUCAAGUAUUUAAAAAUAUUCUACUCAAUGGACAAUCAAAUAAUCGACAAUUAGCCAAAUACAGUGUUAGUAUUAUAAUAUUACUUGGAAAUUUUGUUCAUCCACAAAUGAUUCUUAAUGAAUUAAUCGAUGAUCAAUUUCAAUAUUAUAAUUAUCGUAUACAACUUGAACUUCUUGCUAUAGUAACAGCAACAUUAAUUAAACAUCGACAACAUCAUUAUGAUAGUAUAUCAAGUAUAUAUAAACAUUUACUUCCUAUGUUAGUAUCAAAUCGACGAGAAUUACGACAUGGAGCUAUGGAAUGUUUUACAGUUAUAUGUACGUAUUUUAAUGCAUAUAAACCUUUAACAUCAACAAUGAUUGAUACAAAUCAAUCGAUUAAAUUAGUUUUAUCAUUAAUUGAUAAACUAUCUUAUGAUGCAUCACAUGCAUUACGAUUUCGUUUACAACGUAAUCUAUUUCCAUCAUUAACUGAUGAUGGAAAUAUUACACCGGGUUUAGUUUGCGAUUCAACCACAAUGAAUGAUCCAGAUACGAAAUUUAUUUUACAAGCUAAUAAUAAUUCGGUGAAAACACCACCAACAGCAACGAAUUUUGAUAGUCCAUCAACGAAAAUCUCAGCAAAUAAUACCAAACUACUUCAAUUAGCAAUGCCAUUUGCAGCAAAAAAGGCAAAUACGAAUGAUACAGUAAUGCGCAGUCGUGAAAUACCUCCAUUAAAACAGCCUACUGGUGAAUACGACUCACAUCGAUAUACCAAUAAUAAUAAUCAUCAUUAUGAAACAGCAAUUAAUCCAGCAGUUAUGACGACUAUUACAUCCAGUGGACCAUCAUUUGAUUUUAAUGUAAAUAGUAGUAAUAGUAUUCGUCCAUUGACAUUGACAGAAAAAGUAUUUCCCGAUGAUUGGACAAAAAAUUUAUUGAAAACAAAUAAUCAUCGAAAAGAUUUGAUAACAGUUCAACGACAAGAUAGCACUACUCAGGGCAACAAUCCUCUACAAUUUCGUGCUGUAAUACCACGUCGUCCAUCUGGUGGACGAAUGCCAGCAUCACAUAAUCUUUUGGUUACAUCACAACUUCAUAAUCAUUAUGAUCAAAAACAUCCUGUACGUCAAUUAGAUUCUGAUAUGGAUCAUGAUGAAGGUAUUGAUAGUGCAACAGGAUCACGUUCCUUAUCCAUUAAUACAUCAGAUGAUGGUAAACGUGAGAAUAAUCAUCAACAAUCGAAAAAACCUGUUCGAUCAGUACAUAGUAGUUCAACAAGACGUAAAGUAAAUCGUAUAUUCAGUACUAACAGUGAUCUUGAAUCAACAUCAACACAUACCCUAACACCAGAAACUAGUAAUGAAAGUGGAGUGUAUUCACCAUCUGGUCGUGAUACUGAAUAUGAUGCUAACAGUGCUACAAGAUCAUUAAGUAAAGAACAAUUAUUUUCUACAAAACCACGUCUUGCUCGUUCUGGUUCGAAAUCUCUAAUUGAAAAAGCACAAGUACCACCCACUGAAUCAUUACCAGCACAAGUUUAUGAUAAUUAUUCAUCUAAUGAAAAAGCUCAUCGAUCAUAUAAUCCAUAUGUUGAAGUUGUUGGUCGGGGUUAUACGGAUGAAAAAUAUUCAACAAGAAGAUUAUCAACUGAUAGUACGGAUGAUAAACAACCACAAUUAGGAAAUAAAUCUCGCGCAAAAAUUAUUAAAGGUUCUGUUCUUACUAAUCCUUCAAAUUCAAAUUUUAAUAUGGAAGAUGGAUCUAAUGUUGAUGAUAAUCAUGAUAUUGGAGUUGUUGGAAAAGCUGUUCAUUUACCCUCACGUACAAAAAAUGAAACAAAUAUACUUCGAGCACAAGAUAAUAAUAUAAUGAAUAAUAUUUUAAAUGAUCAAAAUGAUAAUAUUGAGACGAUGUCGGAUGAAUUUGAUAGUGAUUCAAAAGAAAAUGAGAAUACUGUUGAGAUGGGUCAAUCUCUAUCAGCAUCAUUUCGUUUACGUGUUCAACUGAAAACUCAAGAAAAAAUUGAACAAAAAGCACGUCGUCGACAAGCUCGAGAAAAUCGUUCUCGUGAAGAUCUAAUAAAUGAUAAUGAUGAUACUCCAUAUGAUAAUGAUAUGCCAGUAUCAUCAUCAACAUCAACUAGUCGAUAUUCAUCUCAACCUGAUCUUACAGCAAUUACAAAUGAUCUACCAUUAACAACAUCACGACGUCAAAUUGAUUCAAAUAUAAAUACUGUUCUACCCAAUUUUCCAUCACAACAACGUCCUCGUGUAUUAAAAAAUUCUAUGGCUCGUUCACAAACAUUUAAUAAUCGACGUGAUAUGCCAACAACUGAACAACGUUUUACAUUGAAUCGUCCAUCAUCAGAAGAUCAUGCGGCGGAUCAAUUAAAAAAUCCUUCGACUGCUUAUCGAGAAGCAAUGGAUUCAAUAUCAAAAGAUGAUUGGGAACAAAAAUGUUCGGGUCUUAAUUUACUUCAAAUGAUUAUUGCACAAUAUCCAGAUACAAUAACACAAAAUUUACAUCAAGUUGUUUUAAUUCUUAUACAAGAAGUGAAAAAUCUUCGAUCACAAGUAGCUCGUUUUGCCUUAGCAGCAUUUUGUGAUAUGUUUAAAUAUUUAAAACGUAAUAUGGAUAUUGAACUUGAUAUAACUGUAAAAUCGCUAAUACAAAAAAGUGCAGAAGCUAAUGAUUUUUUUCGAUCUGAUACAGAAAAAUGUAUACAAACAAUGGUGGAUAAUGUGACACUUCAAAAAGCAUUACAGGCAUUAAUAGCUGGUGGAGCGAGCCAUCGUAAUCCAGCUGCAAGAAAAGCGUCAGCUAAAUACAUCUAUCAAGUUUGUGAAAAAUUAGGUCCAACGAAAAUUUUAACUGGUACUCGAGAUAUUACUGAACGUGUAUUACAAGUUGGUGCAGCAUUUGCAUCAGAUGGACCGCCAGAAAUUAGAUGGUAUGGUAAAAAAAUCUAUCAUAUGUUUAUGUCAUUUGAUACACUUGAUUCAUUAAUGAAACAAUAUCUUACUCCAAGUGCUUAUAAAAAUAUGUGUGAAAUUCUUGAUAAUAUUCGAGCUAAAGGAGGUGUUGGUGAAACUCCAAGUGAAUCUGCACGAAAUAAUAAUCGACGAGCAUUAUCAAAUGAUAAAAUAAAUACAAAUGGAACUUUAACAAAGCAAUUUUCAUCAACUCGUAAAUUAAAUACAGCUGAUCAAGCCGAACAAGUUCGAGAUUUAACAAAACAAAUGCGUAGUUCAGAUUUUCGUGAACGUGUAAAUGGUAUCGAAGAAUUUCAAAAAUUAUGUGAACUUGAAACCGAUACAGCUAUUCAAUCUCUUGUAAAAAUAUUUGAUGGUUUCAAUGAAUGUUUAGCUGAUACGAAUUCUAAAGUUGUACUUAAAGCAUUAAAUACAAUGCAUCAACUUGUUCCCAUAUUAGGCGAUUCAUUAUCAAGUGUUAUUAAUUCAACAUUACCAGUUGUUGCACAAAAUAUUGCAUCAAACAAUCGAGAAAUCUCACAAAUUGCAUCGGAUAUUAUUGAUACAACUAUUGAAUAUAUUGAUUGUGGUGUAUUAUUACAACCAUUAUGUAUACUUAGUCAAAAUAGUAAUCUUCGUAUUCGACCGGAGAUUGUUCUUAAAUUAGCAGCUCUUGUACCUCAAGUAUGUCAACGAAAACCGAAACAAGUUGAAAUUCAUCUGUUACCAACCUAUUGGAAACUGUUAACUCAAUUACGUGGUCAAAAUUCUACGACUGUAACAUCAUCAGCUGGUGGUGUGAAUACUUUAAAUUCCUCUAUACAUUCCAUAACAUCAGCAUUAUAUGCAGAACUUGGUAGUACUUUAAUUGAUAAAGCAAGUUCAAGUUCAUCAGUACCACCAAAAAAUUUACAAUUACUACGUGAACUUUGCACGAGUAUUGAUGCUGUGUGA